AUGCAGGAGAUGGAUCGGAAGCAGCACAACGACCUCUCUUGCAUAUUGCUCUCUGCAUGUGUUACUGCGUGCAAAGCAGCAGCUCUUGCUUGCGAGAUGAUGUCUGAGAUGGGGAAUCUCCUUGCACGCCGCCAGGCGCUGCCGCCCGCCAUUGCCGUGGCGGUGGUGGUGCUGCUGCUCGGCCACCAUCCACGAGCGUUGGUGCAGGCGCAGCCUUCGCCGGGCUACUUCCCGAGCGCCACGGUAAGGUCCAUGGCCUUCUCCGAGGACUACGACAACCUGUGGGGGCCGCAGCACCAGACGCUGUCGCAGGACAAGAUGGCGCUCACCCUCUUGAUGGACCGCACCUCAGGCAGCGGUUUCAAGUCGAAGCGCUCGUACCGGAACGGCUACUUCGGCGUCUCCAUCAAGGUCCAGCCGGGCUACACCGCCGGCGUCAACACUGCCUUCUACCUGUCGAACAACGAGUUGUACCCGGGGAAGCACGACGAGAUCGACAUGGAGCUGCUGGGCACGGUGCCGGGGGAGCCCUACACGCUGCAGACCAACGUGUACGUGCGGGGCACCGGCGACGGCGCGCGCCUGGUGGGGCGGGAGAUGCGCUUCCACCUCUGGUUCGACCCGGCGGCGGACUUCCACCACUACGCCAUCCUGUGGAACCCCGACGAGAUCGUCUUCCUCGUCGACGACGUCCCCGUCAGGCGCUACGCCGCCAGUGCUACGGGGGCCGCGGCGUUCCCGGACAGGGAGAUGUGGGCGUACGGCUCCAUCUGGGACGCCUCCGACUGGGCCACCGACGGCGGCCGCUACAGGGCCGACUACAGCUACCAGCCCUUCCUGGCGGGCUUCCGGGGGUUCAGGACCGCCGGCUGCGAGACCGCCGCGCCCGCCGGGUGCCGCCCCGUGCCGGCGUCCCCCGCCGGCGCUGGGCUCAGCGUGCAGCAGCGGGACGCCAUGCGCUGGGCGCAGCAGAGGUCCAUGGUCUAUUACUACUGCCAGGAUUACACCAAGGAUCACUCCUUAUACCCAGAGUGCUCGCUCGCUACCUAG